AUGAGGGAGCACGUGGCGGCGCCCCAACACAAUGCGCCCGCGCCCCAAGCGCCCGCGCGAUCCAACACGCCAUCCAACAAACCAUCCGACAAACCGGACUACCUGAACACGUUCAACUCGCAUAGGAAGAUUAGAGGGAAGAUCGGCGAUAAGAAACUAUACAGACCGGUGAGAUUGCACACUCUGUCUAGGAUAGACGAAGCCCCGCUUCAGACAAGACCACCGACGCCGAGAAAUUCCGUCGAUAUAUCUUCCAAUCGUCCGAUCCUGAGAUCUAGAUCGAACGUUUCAGCGGACACUAGUAGAAGCGUGCCCGUCUGCAAUGACAGUCACGUUAUAGGAAAUCAAAUAGAGUGCUCGAGCCCUCAGUACGCGGAGCUCGGAUCCGCCCCUGGAUCCGAUACUGGCUCCUCGUACGAGCGGCCCGCUUCUAUGACCGAUAUGCCGGUUAUGAUCCCGUUGGACCCCGCCACGGACGCUUAUUACCCGCCCUACACUUACUAUAGAGACGACGGUAGACUGAACAAGCGAAAAUUGAAAAAGAGAUUGAAAAAACUGUCGUCAAAACACAGCAAUUUGUAUCUUGCGUUCAUGUAUUGA